AUGGGCCAGGCCAAUCCUCAAGAUGUCUUGUCCUCCAAUGUCUCCUUGGACAAUCCUCAUGGUGUCUUGUCCUCCAAUGUCUCCUUGAACAAUCCUCAUGAUGUUUUGUCCUCCAGGGUUUCUUUGGAUAAUCCUCAAGAUGUCUUGUCCUACAAUGUCUUCUUGGACAAUCCUCAAGAUGUCUUGUCCUCCAAUGUCUCCUUGGACAAUCCUCAAGAUGUCUUGUCCUCCAAUGUCUUCUUAGACAAUCCUCAAGAUGUCUUUUCCUUCCAUGUCUCCUUAGACAAUCCUCAAGGUGUCUUGUCAUCCAAUGUCUCCUUGGACAAUCCUCAAGAUGUCUUGUCCUUCCAUGUCUCCUUAGACAAUCCUCAAGGUGUCUUGUCAUCCAAUGUCUCCUUGGACAAUCCUCAAGGUGUCUUGUCCUCCAAUGUCUCCUUAGACAAUCCUCAAGAUAUCUUGUCCUGCAAUGUCUCCUUGGACAAUCCUCAAGAUGUCUUGUCCUUCCAUGUCUCCUUAGACAAUCCUCAAGGUGUCUUGUCAUCCAAUGUCUCCUUGGACAAUCCUCAAGGUGUCUUGUCCUCCAAUGUCUCCUUAGACAAUCCUCAAGAUGUCUUGUCCUGCAAUGUCUCCUUGGACAAUCCUCAAGAUAUAGCCGAGGUCAUAACCUUUCCAGUUGAUGGAACAGUCUUUGCCUUCUUUGCUGGGGGUGAACCAGGGUGCUUCCAUUGUUUAGACUAUUGUUUGGUCCUCUGGGGUAAAAUGAUGGACCCACGUUUUAGUCACAAACCUAUGCUGAAAAAGAACGACGACAACACCAAUAACGGCAAUAUCAACAAGAAGAACGACAACACCAAUAACGGCAAUAUCAACAAGAAGAACGACAACACUAAUAACGGCAAUAUCAACAAGAAGAACGACAACACCAAUAACGGCAAUAUCAACAAGAAGAACGACGACAACACCAAUAACGGCAACAUCAACAAGAAGAACGACAACACCAAUAACGGCAACAUCAACAAGAAGAACGACGACAACACCAAUAACGGCAAUAUCAACAAGAAGAACGACGACAACACCAAUAACGGCAACAUCAACAAGAAGAACGACGACAACACCAAUAACGGCAACAUCAACAAGAAGAACGACGACAACACCAAUAACGGCAAUAUCAACAAGAAGAACGACGACAACACCAAUAACGGCAAUAUCAACAAGAAGAACGACAACACCAAUAACGGCAACAUCAACAAGAAGAACGACGACAACACCAAUAACGGCAAUAUCAACAAGAAGAACGACAACACCAAUAACGGCAAUAUCAACAAGAAGAACGACAACACCAAUAACGGCAACAUCAACAAGAAGAACGACGACAACACCAAUAACGGCAAUAUCAACAAGAAGAACGACGACAACACCAAUAACGGCAACAUCAACAAGAAGAACGACGACAACACCAAUAACGGCAACAUCAACAAGAAGAACGACGACAACACCAAUAACGGCAAUAUCAACAAGAAGAACGACGACAACACCAAUAACGGCAACAUCAACAAGAAGAACGACAACACCAAUAACGGCAACAUCAACAAGAAGAACGACGACAACACCAAUAACGGCAAUAUCAACAAGAAGAACGACAACACCAAUAACGGCAAUAUCAACAAGAAGAACGACAACACCAAUAACGGCAACAUCAACAAGAAGAACGACGACAACACCAAUAACGGCAACAUCAACAAGAAGAACGACGACAACACCAAUAACGGCAAUAUCAACAAGAAGAACGACGAUAACACAGAGGUCCUCCAGUAUCUUCAUAUCAUUAUUGGAGAGUGUGACGCCAUCGGUUUUUAG